AUGGCGACCUCUUACGAAGAUGUUUCUUCUGCUCUUCAGUUCAUCAAGCUUCACUUGCUUGGUGAGGUAUCCCAUGUGCCUCUACCCUGCCUAUCUAAUUCAGACAUUGAGAUUUCAUCCUUUGAAUCUUGUUCUCAAUCCCUCUAUUCUCAAACUUCGGGUUCCAUGUCAGUCUCCGACUUUUCGAGCUACAACGACCUCUUCGAGUUUCUGAAAAUUAUGGACCUCACUGUGCCUACAUCCAUCGAUUCAAACAAUGAUUUCUUCAAAUCCGAAUCCAAACCCAAUUCCCAAACUUCAACCCCCUACUCCCAAUCAAUCGGCAAUUGCUUCGCAUUUGAAUCGAGACUGCAAACAAACAAGACAAAACCUUCUCUAAUGAUCUCGCUCCCAAGCAAAAGCACUACCAAGUUGCUCUGA